AUGGGUAAGAGAAAGGCCGAGCUCUCCAAAGGUGCUACUAAGCUAAAGAAGCAGCGUGCUGAAGAAGAUAGAAUUUUGUCUGCUGGUUUCAAUAAUGUGAUCUUAUCAGAAGAAGAAGAUGAUGAUGGUGGAAACUUUUCAGAAGAAAGUGAUGAGGAUGAGAAUGAUUGGGAGAAUGAAGAACAAGAUUAUGAAAAUGUUCCAAGAUCUUUGGUGAAAAAUAAAAAAAUCGUGGAAGGUUUGCCUAUUAAGACUAGCGAGGGGAGAAUUCAGAGAAUUGUCAGGGAACAAGAUGAAGAAGAUGAAUCAGAAGAAGAAGAUGAGAAAGAUGAUGAGGAUGAAAAGCCUACAGAAGAAGACUCCAAGAAAAGUGAAGAAGAAUUAUCUGAUGAUGAAGAAGUUUACGCAUUCUCGGAAAAUAUGACCGAAGAAGAAAAGCUUAUUCAAUUACAGGAAGACAUUGCCGAAAUGGUUGAGAAAUUGAUAGAACAACCGGAAGAAAAUAUUUCUUCCUUAACUAGAUUACGCAAAAUGGCUCAAUCUAAAAAUCCUGUGACUUCCAGGUACUCCUUGCUAGCAUUGGUUUCAACUUUCAAAAGCAUUGUGCCUGGUUAUAGAAUAAGACCAUUGUCAGAAACAGAAAAGAAAGAAAAAGUCUCCAAAGAUAUUGCAAAAUUAAGAAUGUUCGAACAGACUCUUUUAGCCAAUUAUAAAGCUUAUCUCAAUAUUUUGUCAACUAAUGCUAAAUCAUUUUCAAAGAAGAGCUAUUUGGGAAGAGUUUCCAUAACGGCGUCCUGUGAAUUGGUAAGCUCAUUGUCUCAUUUUAAUUUUGUGGAAGACUUAUUGAACAUAUUGAUAAAGUUCGUUUGCAGAUUCAGAGGCCCAUUGCCAAAAGAAUCUGAAGAACCAGAAAAGCUUGCUAAUAUUAAGCUUUUCACUCGUUGUAUAAGUGUUUUGCAAGAGCAGUUGGACGAAGAUAUAACUUAUGGUAAACUUUCUUUUGACGUUUGCAGAUUGAUUUCUAAGUCAUUGAAACAAAAAGACUACCGUGUCAACAAAGAAGUUGUCGCCCUAUAUUUGUCAUUGUCAAUAUUAUCAGAUUACGAUCCCCAAAAUGCCAUGGAUAAUGCAUCGCAAUCUAAGCUAAAAUUAAAGAAGAAGGAUAGAGUUCAUUUAUCGAAAAAGGAGCGGAAAGCAAGAAAAGAACGUAAAGAAAUUGAUGAAGAAAUGAGAAAGGCUGAGUUACAAGUUUCUAGGGAAGAAAGAGACAGAAACCAGGCAGAAAUUUUGAAGAUUUUGUUGUCAAAUUAUUUGCAGAUCUUGAAAACUAGAAAUGAUCAUUUGAUGGCCAGUGUUCUAGAAGGGUUAGCCAAAUAUGGGUUCAUGGCUAAUCUCGAGUUAAUUGGUGAUUUUUUACAAAUUAUGAAGGAAUUAAUUCAAGAUAUUUCUGCUGAAGAACACUUGACUGAUCAUAGAAUUAAGCAAAUUUUGUUCUGUAUUGUUACGUCUUUUACUUUGAUGGAUAACGGGAAUAAUAAAAUCAGAAUGGAUAUGUCCAAGUUUAUUGACGUACUUUACGGUAUUCUUUUAGAUAUUUCAAUGGAUGCGGAAAUCACUAAGUCGAUUAAAUUGUUGAUUAGAACUUUGAAUGCAAUUUUCAUUCAGACCAAAUCAAGCACAAAAAUAAGAAAUUUGGCCUUUACAAAAAAAAUUUACAUGUUGAUUUUAAAUACCAGUGAGAAGCCAACUUUGGCUUUGCUAGGGUUCUUGUCUCAGCUAAUUGAUAAGGCCCCAGAAAUCAAAAACAUGUAUAAUAUUGAUGAUAGAGUUGAAAAUGGCACUUUUGUGAUGGAAGCAGACCAUCCUAGCAGAAGCAAUCCUGAGGCUGCUACGAUAUGGGAGAAUUGCUUGCUUGUUAACCAUUAUUGCCCGUCCAUUUCUGGCAGCGCGAAGAAGGUUUUGAAACAAUCUAGAUCUAGUUAG